GCAUGGUACAUAUGUUUUCCAUCCCGUCCUCGCUGGAUCCCCCUGUAAAUAUAGCUGUUUUCCAGCAUCUGCGCCAGAUGUUCCAGCCAACCAGCGCCCAUCAGCUUCAGCGAGUGGGAGGAAUCCGAGCGGCGGAGGAUGAUGCUUACGGCUGUCACAUCCCGAGGACCACCGGCGACACUUCAAAUGUGUGAUGUUAACAGCUGCUGCGGCAAAUGAACGAUGGUCUCGGCUGGCGUUCUCGUGGGGCUCACAGUGGCCGUUAUAGUUCGUUCUGUCAGUGGCGCAGACGGACAAACCCGGGCUUUAAUCGACUCCAAACAGAGAUCUGUGUUUCGGAGUAGCGUGGUCACCAUCCUCUCUAAGUCGCACGCCGACCGCAACGUUUAUCCCUCUGCUGGAGUUCUUUUCGUUCACGUUCUAGAGAGGGAAUACUUUAAAGGAGAGUUCCCACCAUACCCAAAAGCAGGUGAUUCGAGUAACGACCCCAUCACGUUUAACACUAACCUCAAAGGCUUUCCAGACAGGCCUGGAUGGCUGCGUUACAUUCAAAGAACCCCUCAUAGCGACGGAGUCCUCUACGGCUCACCGACCGCUGAGCAUGUGGGCAAGCCGACAAUCAUCGAGAUUACCGCGUAUAAUAAACGCACUUUUGAAACUGCCAGGCACAACUUGGUCAUAAACAUCAUGUCUACUGAAGAAUUUCCUCUGCCGUAUCAGGCUGAGUUUUUCAUCAAGAACAUGAACGUUGAGGAGAUGUUGGCCAGUGAGGUGCUGGGAGAUUUUCUCGGUGCGGUCAAGAACGUCUGGCAACCGGAGAGACUCAACGCCAUCAACAUCACUUCAGCGCUGGACCGGGGCGGACGAGUGCCAUUACCCAUCAACGACCUAAAAGAGGGUGUGUAUGUGAUGGUGGGAGCAGACGUGCAGUUUUCAUCGUGCCUUCGAGAGGUGGAGACCCCACAGAACCAGCUGCGCUGCAGUCAGGAGAUGGAGCCCGUCAUCAGCUGCGAUAAGAAGUUCAGAGCUCAGUUUCACAUCGACUGGUGCAAGAUCUCUCUGGUGGACAUCACUAGGGUUGUUCCUGUGCACAGUAACCGUCCAGACCCGGGCACAGGUGUGCUGCCGGACAUCGGCGAGUACAACCCACCUUCUGACUUACUGAGAAGUAGAGAUUAUUUUGCUGACUUCCUGAUCACCCUGGCGGUGCCCUCAGCUGUCGCUCUGGUCCUGUUCAUCAUCCUCGCCUACUCCAUGUGCUGCCGACGGGAAGGGGUGGAAAAAAGAAACAUGCAAACACCAGAUAUUCAGCUGGUUCACCACAGCUCCAUUCAGAAGUCGACUAAGGAGCUUCGCAGCAUGUCCAAGAACCGGGAGAUUUCUUGGCCUCUCUCGACGCUGCCAGUCUUCCAUCCCGUGAGCGGAGAGGUGGUGCCGCCCAUCCAUCCCGACAAUUUCGAGACCACCAGCAUGCCGCUCAUGCAGACACAGACAAAUCUUCAAAAUCAGAUCCAAAUACCACAGCAGCAGUCCUCUGGAGAUAAUUAUUGUAUGUCGACUUUUCGGAGGCUAGAGGUAAAUGGUAUUCCUGAGGAGAGAAAGGUGGCUGAAGCCCUAAACCUGUGAUCUCGCGUGGCUUCACUUUUGUACCCGUUUAAUCUUGCCAAACGUGCAUGUGUAGCUGUAGCUUCAAGCUCAACGCCUUUGUGUUUUCAUGCACAUGUGCGACAUCCAAACGUUAUUCAGUGUCAGAGCUAAUGUUGAUGAUGAGCACACUAAAAGAAUUCUUUAAAAUACUAUCCACAAUAAAUAUGUUGUCAAAUGUUGAAAUAUUUUUUAGUAUGAGCCACUAAUGGAGGCGCAUUUACAAGUUGAUAUUGUCUGAUUGUUCUCUUAUAUGAGCAAAUGUGUUUUGAUAAAUAAAUUAAUACACUUGCCACUAAA